CCGUGAUGUCUUAGAUUGGCAGGCUGGUCAUUGGUCAGAAUGGGAUUAUGUCAACACCUGCUGUUUCCUGUGUGAUCCGAAAAAUCAAAGCCGUCGGGGGUAUCAUCCUGACAGCCAGUCAUAACCCUGGCGGCCCCAAUGGAGACUUCGGCAUCAAGUUCAACAUAUCUAGUGGAGGUCCUGCACCAGAGGGCAUCACAGACAAAAUCUUUCAGAUCAGCAAGAGCCUCCAGGAAUAUCACAUCUGCCCUGAGCUCAAGGUGGACCUCUCAGCCAUUGGGAAGCAGACCUUUGACGUUGACACGUUCAAGCCCUUUACUGUUGAAAUUGUGGACUCAGUGGAAUCCUAUGCAGAGAUGCUGAGAGAUAUCUUUGAUUUUGCUGCUCUGAAAGAAUUGCUCUCAGGACCCAAUCAUAUCAAUGUACGGCUUGAUGCAAUGCAUGGAGUUGUGGGUCCCUAUGUAAAGAAGAUUGUGUGUGAAGAACUUGGCUCGCCUGCUAACUCUGCUGUUAACUGUGUCCCCUCUGAGGACUUUGGGGGACACCAUCCCGACCCUAACUUAACAUAUGCUGCUGACCUGGUCAACACUAUGAAGGGAGGUGAAUAUGACUUCGGAGCAGCUUUUGAUGGUGAUGGUGAUCGUAACAUGGUUCUGGGUAAGCAUGGAUUCUUUGUAAACCCCUCAGACUCUGUGGCAGUCAUCGGUGCCAACAUUACAUCCAUUCCUUAUUUCCAGAAGACUGGCGUGAAGGGUCUAGCUCGCAGUAUGCCCACCAGUGGGGCUUUGGACAAUGUUGCCAAAGCUUUGAAGAUGCAGCUUUAUGAGACUCCCACAGGCUGGAAAUUCUUUGGAAACUUGAUGGAUGCUGGCAAGUUAUCCCUCUGUGGUGAAGAAAGCUUUGGUACUGGUUCUGAUCACAUCCGGGAGAAGGAUGGUCUGUGGGCAGUUCUCGCAUGGCUCUCAAUCCUGGCCACUCGCAAGCAGAGCGUAGAGGAUAUCAUGAAAGACCACUGGCAGAAGUUUGGAAGGAACUUCUUCACAAGGUAUGACUAUGAAGAGGUGGACUCAGAUGCUGCGAAUAAGAUGAUUGAUCACUUACAGACGACUAUGUCUGCUAAAGCCUUUGUAGGGCAGAAGUUCUCCUCAGGGGAUAAAACAUAUCAAGUGGAGAAGGCUGAUAACUUUGAGUACACAGACCCUGUCGAUGGCAGUGUUUCAAAAGGACAGGGUUUGAGGAUCAUCUUCUCUGAUGGCUCACGUAUCAUCUUCCGUCUCAGCGGGACAGGCAGUGCUGGGGCAACCAUCAGGCUUUACAUUGACAGCUAUGAGAAAGACCCCCAGAAAAUUUAUCAGGACCCACAGGUCAUGCUGGCUCCUCUGGUGGACAUUGCCUUGAGGAUCUCUCAGUUACAGGAAAAGACGGGCCGCACCGCUCCAACUGUGAUCACUUGAUUAUCCUAGAGCCAUAUUCACCUGAUCCAGCCCAGACUAGCUCUCACUGUACGCAGCAAUGCCUUACUUUAUCAGUCUCAUACCCCAGUCAUUGUGUUCAAUGUGUCCUCAAGAAAGUGUCACAUUUCUAGUGUUCCACAUGCACAAUCAAAGAUCUAUAUCAAUUAUAAAUAGAGAGAGUAUAAAAUAAAGUCUAUAAAAUGAA